GAUAAGGCUGUUGCCAUGGUGAUGAAGGAGAUUCCGAGGGAGGAGUCUGCAGAGGAAAAGCCCCUCCUUACUAUCACAUCACAGGGGUGCAGAGGCCAAAAGGAGGCAGAAUCAAGUGAAAAACUGGUCAAUGAACAACAGGAAAGCAGACCCCUUCUGAGCCCCUCCAUUGAUGACUUUCUCUGUGAAACUAAACCGGUAGCUGUUGCAAGGCCUGUAACAUCAAAUACUGCAGUAUUAUCAGCAGGUCUGGAUCUCUUGGAUCUUAGUGAACCUGUCUCACAAACCCAAAACAAAGCAAAGAAAUCAGAGAAUCCAUCAAGAAGUGAAGGCUUAAAAGCUUCAACCCACAGAAAGAAGACAGACAACUCUGACCUUAUCAGUGUGGACACUGAACAGAAAGUCCAGACUGUCAGAGUUUCAGACAAGUCCUCACUAGAUUUAGUUGAUAUUCAGACACAGCUUGAGAAAUGGGAUGAUGUCAGUUUUCCUGGAGACAGGAACAGCAAGGUCCUCCCUUCUUCAGAAAGAACCUCAUCAUCAUCUAGAGCUCCAUCAAAAGAGCUUUUAUGGUCCACAGAAAACAGGUCACAGUCUGAGCUGGCUAACGUCGUUGUCAAGAGUGCCUUGGACUCUGAUUCUACGUCAGAAUUAGAACUUGGAUCUGCAACACAGGCACGAUCAACAAAGGAGCAGCACUGGGGAAGGCCUCUUCUCUCCAGAAAUCACUCCUUGGAGGAGGAAUUUGAAAGAGCAAAGGCAGCUGUUGAGUCAGACACAGAGUUUUGGGAUAAGAUGCAAGCAGAAUGGGAAGAAAUGGCUCGCAGGAACUGGAUUUCAGAGAACCAGGAAGCACCAGGGCAAGUCACCAUCUCAACCAUUGAGAAGGGUUAUUAUUUCCAUACCGAGAAUCCCUUCAAAGACUGGCCUGGUGCUUUUGAGGAAGGACUGAAAAAAAUGAAAGAAGGUGACCUGCCAGUUACAAUCUUGUACCUGGAGGCUGCUAUUCUACAAGAACCCAACGAUGCUGAGGCCUGGCAGUUCCUGGGCAUAACACAGGCAGAGAAUGAAAAUGAGCAGGCAGCCAUUGUCGCCCUCCAAAGGUGCUUGGAACUACAGCCAAACAACUUAAAAGCUCUGAUGGCCCUGGCUGUAAGUUAUACUAACACUGGUCAUCAACAGGAAGCCUAUCAAGCUCUAAGAAACUGGAUAAAGCAAAACCCAAAAUACAAGUAUAUUGCCAAAAGCAAAAAAGGCUCCCCAGCGCUUACCAGGAGAAUGUCUAAGACAUCAGAAGAAAGCUCAUUACUUGAAGAAGUAAAGGAUUUGUACCUGGAGGCUGCUCACCAGAAUGGUGAUAUGAUAGACCCUGACUUGCAGACUGGACUUGGAGUUCUUUUCCACUUGAAUGGAGAAUUUAACAGAGCAAUAGAUGCAUUUAGUGCUGCUUUAACUGUCCGGCCAGAGGAUUAUACAUUAUGGAACCGUCUUGGAGCAACUUUGGCAAACGGGGAUCGAAGUGAAGAAGCUGUUGAGGCCUACACACGUGCUUUGGAAAUACAGCCUGGCUUCAUUAGGUCCAGAUACAAUUUGGGGAUAAGCUGCAUAAACCUAGGGGCAUACAGAGAGGCUGUCAGCAAUUUUCUCACUGCUCUCAAUUUGCAAAGGAAGAGCAGGAAUCAACAACAGGUUCCCCAUCCUGCUCUCUCAGGCAAUAUUUGGGCAGCACUUCGAAUUGCUCUGUCUAUGAUGGACCAGCCAGAACUAUUUCAAGCUGCCAAUGUGGGUGAUCUAGACAUUCUGUUAAGAGCUUUUAAUCUAGAGGUGUAA